UUUCUUGACACCAUUCCACCUUAAAGACCAGAGGCCCCAUGAAUUGGAUCCUGUAACGACAGUAGAAGGGAAUCGCAUGAACCUCAUGGAUCCAUCCCAGAAUCCUCAUCGCCCGGAGCAGAUUUCAUCAGAAUCAUACAACACACUCUCGUCUGUACAAAUCCAAGCUCCCUCGUAUACAUACGAACCCGAUCAAUCAACCUAUGCUUACUAUCCCCCCUCCUAUCAGUAUACAUACUACGAUGCUUCGCAGCAAGCGGCCUACGAUUACUCCAAUGCCUAUUACCAGCAACCCCAUCACGAACCACCCACCUCUACACUCCCGCCCGCGGCACCGCAACCGCAAUCUGACCCGGCAGCCGCCGCCGCCGCGUACCAGUAUUCUUAUUACCCGCCGCCACAACCGCAGGGAGCGGAAUAUGGAGGAGUGUACGGAUCCGGGGCUGCAAUUCACACUGGGACCUCCACCGCUCAGAUCUUGCAACCUUCACAUAGAGGCACAGGUAGAAGAGGUGGCCGAAUCUUCCGAGGAGCUGGCCGUGGCCGUCGGGGUCAGGUUCCGCAACCUCCUGCUCCAGUCUGGCCGCCUCGUAUGGCAUGGUGCGAACUCUGCAGGGUUGAGUGCAACACCCCUGAAAUUCUUGAACAGCACAAAAAUGGAAAGAAACAUAAAAAGAACGUGAAAGUUCAGGAAGAGUUGCAGAGAGUAAUGGCUGCAGGACACAAUGUGCAAUCUAGUUCUCAAGUUCAGCCAGAAGUUGCAUAUCAGCCUAAAGCAACAGAGGGAUCUGAGCUGCCACCCGAGGGGACUUUAUCUGUGGAGACUGUUAAUGGAAGAUCUGAGCAGCAACCUCAAGAGAAUUUGCCAUCUCAGGCUCUUGGAGAAGAAAACAAAGCUGAACCUGAGCAUCCAAAACCUGAAUCAACAAGAGAUUCCGGAGAAAGUCAAGGACGUGGGCCCAAGCGCAAGAUAAGUGGUGGUCCUGGUGGACGAGGGGGCAAGAAAUUGAGAUCUCAUGAUGGAAGAAGAAAACCCGCUGAGCCUCCUAAACCUAAACAAAUUCCUUUAAUAUGUGAGCUCUGUAAUGUUACGUGUGAGUCACAAGUUGUUUUCCAAAGUCAUCUGCAGGGAAAGAAGCAUCUGUCAAACCGUAAACGCUUCGAGGAAUCACAAGCAGUGCUUGGACAAGUAGCAACCCAAGCAUUAUAUCCGGCUCUACAACCAGCUUACCCAGCACUUCCCCAACCUAACGCAGCUCUGGCUACUCCAUUGGAUCCUAAACUUCAGCAGCAAAAUAUUCCCGGUGGUCAGGGCUUUUUGACUCAACCGGCACCUUCUCUCCUCCCUCAAGGUCAAGAAGUAUCAGCACUGACACCAGCAGUAGCAUCAGCUUUGCCUCCUCCCAUUCCCAUGUUGCAGUCUCUGGACCAUCAAGAUCCCGGUCCUCAAUUUCAAAGCCAGUAGACGAAGCCUGUGCCCAGAAGUAACGACCCCUUUGUUUCAAGGUGAGUCUUAGCAAAGAAAAAUGGUGCCCUCGGGCGUGGGGUGCAAUCUUUUGAGAAUUCAGCAUUUGGAUUGAGUCUUGGCCAUUUCACUGAUAACUGUCUAGUGUGUCCUGCACAGAUUCUUGUAAGGAGCUUGCUACUUCUGGUACAGCCAAGAUGGAACUUCAUGUAACAGUGUUGUUAGAUACAGUGUGAAUGUGGCUUCUAGAGUCGUUUCAGUUUUUAGACAGCAUGGGAAAAUAAAGAGUGUAAAAGCCACAUUCCAAAGUCCUACAAGUGUUAUUUAAUCAUAGGAACAACUAUUUAGCGCAGCACGUUUUAAAAACUUCUCAAAUUCUCCCAAGUCCAAGUAACAUAUUUUAUCAAAACUUUUACCUUUUUUUUU